AACCAAGUCAUCUCACGCCACACUAUAAUCAUAUCAUUAGCCUUGCGCUCUUCGUUCUUCGUCCCACACAUAGCGAGGCAUAUUAAGGACAUGCUGCGAUAUUAACACUGGAUAAAUUCCAACAAAACAACAAACAUCGCAACCAAUCGCGCAUCUACCCCCCGUUUUGUCUUGAGCCUACCUUUUUGCUCCCCUCAGUUCCACCGUCAUGGGGAAGAGAUGGAGAUGGGGUAUCAUUCUAGACGCCGGUUCCUCUGGGACGCGUCUACAUAUAUAUCGGUGGCUAGAUCCUGCAAAAGCACUCAAGGAAGCAUCCUAUCAAGAAUUACAUAGCUUGCCGAAUAUCGUAACCAAAGAUAAAUGGACAAAAAAGAUUAGACCAGGAAUCUCAACUUUUGGUGACCACCCAGAAGACGUUGGACCCGAUCACCUACAGGAACUGGUCGAGCGAGCACUGGACGUCAUCCCCGACGAUAAACAUGCCGAUACCCCGAUAUUCCUCAUGGCCACCGCUGGCAUGCGAUUAUUGCCUCCUACUCAACAAAGAGCAGUCAUAACCGAGACUUGCUCGUAUUUCCGCGCCAACACCCGAUUCUCUCUCCCCGACUGCGAUACGCACAUUCAGGUCAUUCCCGGAGAGACCGAAGGUUUAUACGGAUGGAUAGCAGCCAAUUAUCUUCUAGGAGGCUUCGACGAUCCUGAUGGGCAUGCUCAUGGAAAGAAUCACCAUACUUAUGGUUUCCUAGACAUGGGUGGCGCUUCGGCGCAGAUCGCUUUUGCGCCAAAUGCCACUGUAGCCGAAGAACACGGAAAUGAUCUUAAGUUACUGCGAAUGCGAAGCUUAAAUGGCGAGCCCAAGGAAUACAAGGUGUUUACAUCAACGUGGCUUGGUUUUGGAGUCAACCAGGCGCGCGAGCGCUACGUCAAAACCUUGGUCGACGAAUUUUUAAUCGAUGGGGAGCACGAGGUGCCCGACCCUUGUCUACCAAGAGGAUUGCGAACCAACGACAAGGGCGAGGCCAUCAAGGGGAAUUCAAAAGAGCUGGAAUUAGUUGGUACGGGUGAGUUCGACGAGUGUUUACGGAGAACGAAGCCGCUAUUGGGUAAAGACAUGCCGUGCGAAGACAAGCCAUGCUUAUUUAACGGCCAGCACGUUCCGCCUAUUGAUUUCGAUGUAAAUCACUUCGUUGGGGUUUCUGAAUACUGGCAUACCACGCACGGCGUGUUCGGAAAUAAAGACGAUGACACGGCCUAUGAUUUCAACACAUAUCAGAAGAAGGUAUUAGAAUUUUGCAGUCAGCAUUGGGAAGAUAUCGAGUCGAAUAUCGAAGCGCGAAAGAAGGAUCACGGAAAGGAAGCCCAGGAAGCCUGCUUCAAGGCAUCCUGGCUUAUUAGUGUAUUGCACGAGGGUAUCGGUAUACCGAGAUAUGGUAUAGAGAAUACACCAACUCCAGGGAUCAACGUCACGAAAGGAAUCGGAGAGGCUGCUAAGGAAAAGGGAUUUUUACACCCUUUCCAAGCUGCUGACGAAGUUAAUAAUAUCGAGAUCAGCUGGACGUUAGGAAAGAUGGUGCUCUACGCGGCCGGUCAAAUUCCACCCAAGGACAACUAUCGUCAACCUGUGGGAUUCGGGAGUAACGUAAAAGGUAUCCCUUCUGAUUUCCAAUACGCUGGAUCCAGCUUUAAUGUGUCCUCGGCAAUCGAUGGUGAGGAUGAUUGGGGCGAUACGGCGGAAGAUCUGAUAGACCAUGCGAAAUCGAAGUCAACAUCUGGACUUUUCUUCUUCUUACUGAUCUUCUUAUUUAUCGCUUUUCUGCUUCGAAAGCGAGAUAGGCGGAUGCGGCUUUAUGGUAAAGUUAACAAGGUACUACGCCGCCGACGCCGUCCAGGCAGCCCUCGAAAACUCAGCCUCGGUCUCUCGGCUAUCUCACACAAAUUAUUUGGUCGCGGAUCCUAUAACUACGAAAGGGUCCUGGAGGAAGGUGACGCCAAUCAGUUCGAACUGGGCGAGGCUUCGUCGGAUGAAGGCGACAAUUCCGAUAGUAGCGGGGGAGCAUCCAGAGUCGGUCGAUCGUCAGGCCUGGCUACCCCAAAACUUAAUGUCGAUUCUUUUGACGACAUUAAGAAGCACCCACAUCCUGGAAACGCGCUUGAUCGGUCCGGGUUGGUAGUCCGAACAGAAAGUCGCGAGAGACUGUUUCCACAAAUGUUAACAGCUGGACGGAGGAGUCGAGCGGGCAGUCCCACGAGGCUUAAGAGCCCAUUAAUGAGCCCCUUGACGGAGGAUUAAUAAACUGUAUAUUCUAUUCUUACCCGUACUGGGCAAUCACCUUGCAUUGUCCAGGCGGCACACUCCUUGUAGGGAUACAGGUUCGGGGUUACCCAGGACAGGGUUACAUGGGAAAGGAGUUCCGGUAGUGACGGAUUUUUAUGUAUUAUGCCUGAGACGGGCCUCGAUAUAUGGGUUGACGAGUAAAAGCAUAUUGGAUUCUUAGUAGAUACCUUCAUAGCUCGGCACGUUUGUUGUUGCAUAUGGGGAGGCAGUUAUCAAAUAUUCAUACACGGCUUACCGUACCGGUGGCCACGCGUGGUUAGGUACGCCAUUGAUAUAUAUAGUUGUAUAGUGAUCUUACUCGACUGGUGAAGUGUAUUUAGCGUG